GGGACACAAAUAAUCUUUUACGAGAAUACAAGCACCUAGAACACGUCAAGAGAACUUACCAACCCACCAACGCCAUUACAGAAGGAAUGAACCAAAACAAGGAAAUGGCUGCCUGUCCUGAGGAUCAUCAGCCCUGGCCAGGUAUAUAAAGGUGCCCGACCCAGAGGAGACCUCACACCUGAGAACACCUCCCCACUCUCCCGCUCUCCGUCCCACUCCAGCCCAGACUCCACCAUGACCGGCUCCUGCUGCGGAUCCUUCUCCUCCCAGAGCUGCGGGGGAGGCUGCUGCCAGCCCUGCUGCUGCCGCGACCCCUGCUGCUGCCGCCCAGUGUCCUGCCAGACCACAGUGUGCCGCCCUGUGACCUGCGUGCCCCACUACACCAGGCCGGUCUGCGAGCCCUGCCGCCGCCCCGUCUGCUGCGACCCCUGCGGCCUGCAGCAGGGCUGCUGCCGCCCCAUCACCUGCUGCCCCAGCUCCUGCACCGCCGUGGUCUGCAGGCCCUGCUGCUGGACCUCCACCAGCUGCCAGCCCGUCUCGGUGCAGGCUCCCUGCUGCAGGCCGCCCUGCUGCCAGCCUGCCCCCUGCCGCACCACCUGCAGGUCCUCCCCCUGCAACACCUGCUGCUGA